AGCCAGGUGCAUUCUGGGCCUUCACCCGACUCCACUGAUCAGUCAACACUCAGAUGCAGAGGGGUGGUGGGGGGGCCAACAUGCCUUCGGCCUUCAGGAAAGCGCAGGUUCUCUACGUGAUGAUGAUGCUCAACGUCUUUGUCUGCGUCCUAAUGAGCGUGUGGUGGAACCGGGGCCACCACAGGAGCGGCCCCCGAGGGGUUCACGUCCCGACCGAGAGGUUCUGGCACCAACAGGAAGCGAGAGAAUCCUUCUGGAACACGGAGCAGCGGCGCCUGGACCUCAUCUACAACCUCACCGAGCUGCCGCAGAGGUCAAAUGACACCAGACCGCUCGACCCCUCGGACUCGGAGUACAGAGUCACCGCUAACAUCUCGGACUUCAACGCCCUGCCGCAGAGAUUCCAGGACUUUCUUCUGCACAUGCGCCGCAGGAAGUACCCCAUGCUGAUUAACCAGCCCCAUGUCUGCGAUGGAAGCCCCUUCCUGCUGCUGGCCGUCAAGUCGCUGGCGCCACACUUCGACCGCCGGCAGGCUAUCCGUGAAACAUGGGGACGAGCCGGCGUCUCAGCCAAUCGUACAGUGGCGACCGUGUUUCUGCUCGGCAACACCGUGACAACCGAUCACAUCCCAGACCUGCAGCCGAUGCUGAGCUACGAGGCGCAACUCCACCAGGACCUGCUCCAGUGGGACUACAGGGACACCUUCUUCAACCUCACCCUGAAGGAGAUCCUCUUCCUGGAGUGGUUCAAACAAAACUGUCCCCAGGCGCAGUACAUCCUCAAGGGGGACGACGACGUCUUGGUGAACACGGUGCGAAUCCUCGACCUCCUGGAAGGUCUGCCGGAGAACAAGACCAGGGAUUUGUUCACAGGGAACGUCAUCAGUAACGCCAGCCCAAUGAGAGACAGGAAGCUGAAGUACUUCAUCCCCGAGAGUGUGUUUGUGGGGCAGUACCCGCCGUACGCGGGGGGGGGAGGGUAUGUGUACUCUGGGGAUUUAGCGCUUCGCCUCCACAGCGUAUCCCAGCAGGUGGUCUUGUAUCCCAUCGAUGACGUCUACACGGGAAUGUGUCUGUGGAAACUGGGUCUGGCUCCUGAGAAAAACUCUGACUUCAAGACGUUUGACAUCGAGGACGAUCAGCGGGACGACCCCUGCGUCUACAGGAGCCUGAUGCUGGUCCACAGCCGCACGCCACAGGAGAUCCUGCAGAUCUGGUCCUGGAUUGUCGGACCUGAGCCUGAGUGUCAGUGAACUCCUUCAACCAGCGUCUGCACUGUGGACCAAGUCAUCACGUUUUAAAAAUGCAACUUCGUAAGUGAUUUUGAUCCUGAGAACCAAAUAAAACCUGUUUUAA